GUAAAUUGUUCAAAAAGAUCAAGCAAAAUAACGAGAACGUAAGCCUUGUUUUAUUUGAUAUAAAUUCUGAUAUCAGGACUUAGCCUUGUUUGCAGUCGAAUAAAUCGCAGAGAUGUUCGUGGCCCGUAAAAUUUCGCAAACUGCAAGCCUGGCGGUGCGUGGCAAGCACACCCUGCCGAAGCUGCCCUACGACUAUGCCGCCCUGGAGCCCAUCAUCUGCCGGGAGAUCAUGGAGCUGCACCACCAGAAGCACCACCAGACCUACGUCAACAAUCUGAAUGCCGCCGAGGAGCAGCUGGAGGAGGCCAAGUCGAAGAGCGACACCACCAAGCUGAUUCAGCUGGCUCCUGCCCUGCGUUUCAAUGGCGGUGGCCACAUCAACCACACCAUCUUCUGGCAGAACCUCUCGCCCAACAAGAGCCAGCCCAGCGACGAACUGAAGAAGGCCAUCGAGUCGCAGUGGAAGAGUCUCGAGGAGUUCAAGAAGGAGCUGACCACGCUGACCGUGGCGGUCCAGGGCUCCGGCUGGGGCUGGCUGGGCUUCAACAAGAAGUCGGGCAAACUGCAACUGGCCGCCCUGCCCAACCAGGAUCCCCUGGAGGCCUCCACCGGCCUGAUCCCCCUCUUCGGCAUCGAUGUCUGGGAGCACGCCUACUAUCUGCAGUACAAGAACGUGCGUCCCUCCUACGUGGAGGCCAUCUGGGACAUCGCCAACUGGGACGACAUCUCGUGCCGCUUCCAGGAGGCCAAGAAACUCGGGUGCUAAGCACAGCCGGAGAUUGUCUAUGUUUAAUCUAUAAGCAUCUGCGGAUCGGAGAUCCUAAAUUGUAGUCUAAGUUGCGGCUAAUAAAUUGGUACCAGCUAGCAACUAA